AACAUAUACAGGUAGCUAUAGAAAUGUAUAAUACAUACAAGUUCGCUGUGAAUUGCCUGCGAUUCAUGUGUGCUUAAUGUGUGCCGUGCAACAAAUGGAAGAACAAAACAGAGUUAACCUGCUGUGGAACUGCGCCAAGGAGUUAAGCACAGAUACACACGCCGAGCGCCUGCUCAAAUCAUACUACAUCAAUAUCAGCCGCAAGCUGGCCCGGCAUAAUGUCCAACUGCCCGAGGACAGCGUGGGCCCGGCUCGCAUGUGCGCCCGUUGCGGCAAUCAAUGGUGCGACGGCAACUAUGAACUGCACUUGCGGCCGCAGCGUUUGCUGGACAAUGCCAAACGGCGUAGGCAGAUCGCCCAGCUGGACGCGGUCAAGGCCAAACAGCAGCGGGGCAUGCUGAGCACCGGGGCCAGAAAGCGCGCCAAUUGGCUGAAGAAGCGCAUGGCCAGCCAUGUGGCUGUGCACUGCGGGUUUUGCGGGCACAAAACCAUGCUGCCGCUGGAAAAGCCCAAGAAACGAGCUAAAUCCGAACAAGUGGAAACAAUGGCAACAGCAGCAGCAACAACAACAAUAACAGCUGCAGCGCCCGCAACGGGCAAGCGAAAAAAGAAGCGCACAAAUAAAGACGUCAGUGCUGGGCUGAAGAUACCAAUGCUAACAGCCCAAGUCCAACAAAAACAAAAAGCGCCGAAAGCGCCCGAAACAACAACGGCAGCAAAAAAAGCCGCAGCAACAACAACAGCGACAACAACAACGACGAUGGGGCAAAGCAACAAACAGAAGAAGAAAUCGAAAGCAGCGCCAACGCCCGCCGCCAGCAAACCGCAAAAAAUGCAAUCGAAGACACAAAAGCAAAACGCGCUGCUGCAGCUGGCAGCGCAGUUAAAAACGCACGCGUCGCAAAACGCCAAUAAAACGCAACAGAAUCGCCUGCAAGCGCUGCUCAAGUAAAAGUUCGCACAAAACCAAAGCAAAUUGUUGUUCUGUUUGAAUGAAAAGACCUGUAUUAUGGCGCAUAAUUAAGCGUUAGCAAAAUACGUUUAAAUAAGAGCAGCCAUUGUGGCAUGAAUCAGCAGCAUUGAUUGUUGCAACCUGCUGCUGCUGCUGCUGUUGCCGGGAAAUCAGAGACUUGUCUGUUGGCCCGAUAAACGCAAGCUGGGAACCUGUUGUUGGCCCUGCUUUUUGAGCCCAGUGCACGCACAGACAUAGUCACGCACUGGCCGGCUCCCCACACGCCCAAGAUACCAAGGUUAUCCAGGUUCCGGCAGAAUUCUUAAUUUAUAUCAAGCAGAGUGCAAUAUUUAAUUAAAAUUGAGUUGUUGCCUCUGCAGCACGUCCUUCAGGCCAUUCCCUAAAAGGCAACAGACUGUCGCAACUUCA